GCGGUAAAGGGCCAAUCAACGACGAGGAUUUAAACCAGUACUUUGAACACAUCUGUGGCGGUCUUAGCGCAAGGGGUUUGUACCAAGUUUUCCUCUUUGUAGCACCCAGCCAGCCACUAUGCCGCACAGAAUCUAUUACUCGGAUAAAUACUAUGACGACAAAUACGAAUAUAGACAUGUGAUGUUGCCAAAGGACCUUUCCAAGCUUGUUCCUAAGACCCACCUGAUGACAGAGAGUGAGUGGCGAAGUCUAGGUGUUCAACAGAGCCAAGGAUGGGUACAUUAUAUGAUCCAUGAACCAGAGCCUCACAUUUUGUUGUUCCGGAGACCUAUCACCACCCCACCUCCCAAGAUAGAUGAGGAUAAGGAUGACAACUAGUAUGCUGCCACUGAAGUCUCACUCCAAUGCAUACAUGUGUCGAGGAGCUUAUUUUUUAAUAUCCUUCAUCUCUUCUGUCUCAUCUCUUUCAACACAACACAUAAGCCAGUUCGGGUGUCUAGCAUUCCUGCCUGAUUAUAGAACUGUAUAUAUAGCCCUAAGAUAGGCUGGUGGGUGGAACCAAUGCUGUCUGGAUAUAUCAUGCUAAUAAUGUUCAUAAGGUGCUUUAGUGAUGUGUUAUUUUUCUUGCCAAUUUGGAGAUUCAUUCUAUAUGUUGUGAUCCUUUAUUAUCCUUCAUGUGCUUUUCUUUGAUUCGAUCUUAAUUGUUUGCAGUGGAAAUAUAUACUAUUUUCUCUAACUACAAA